GAGACGCUCCAACAUGGCGCCGCGGCUGCUGCUCCGCUAGCCUGGAGGCUAAGAGCCGCUAAAACUCUGUGAUUUCUGACGAACACUUUCGCAAAGACGGCGGCGGUUCGAUGGACUUCACCUAAAGACCCAAACAGAGCGUUGAAGUUGCGUCUUUUCUCGUCUGUUUACUCUCGUUAGCCCCCGCGUUAGCAUCUAUGCUAGCGUUAGCAGGCUGUUGAUCCGCGCGCACCGAUGGCUUUCUAUGAAGUUUACUCACAUCCGGCUCUGGUUCGGUACCGAACCGGCGUCUGCACUAAAGCCACGCUGUUCCUGCUGGUGGUUCUGGGCCUCACCUACAUCCCCCCGCUGCUGGUCGCCUACAGGAGCCAAGGCUUCUGGAUCAAACGCAGCACGUACGAGGAGCAGCCGCUGGUCCGGUUCCAGUACGAGACCCUGCUGGUGGCGGCGACCAGCGUCCGGGGCGACUACGUGGCCUGGAGCUCCUUCAGCCUCCUGAACAACAUGCUGGGAGCAAACCUGAGGAUCCCGGCCGUCUCUGUGAGAGAAGUGGACCAGAACCAGGACGGGAAGCCGGACCUCCUGAUCUUCCAGCUGCAGCUUCCUCUGAAGCCCGACGAGCAGAUCUACAGCGUCCAGCUGCUGCUCACCUUCAGCUACCAGCUCUUCCGGAUGUCCACGGUGGUGAUGCAGAGCCUAGCGUUCGUCCAGCACUCGUCUCCGGUUCCUGGAGCCAAGCUGUUCGUCAGCGGAGACCUGAAGCUGCAGCAGAGGACGCCGCUGCCUCACCGAGGCCUGCACAGCGUUUACAACGUGUCGGUGAUCGACGGUUCCAGUCCCUUUGCCAGCUCCUACGACCUCGACAACAUCAUCAGGAGCUACCAGGACAGAAACUUGACCACGGUUCUGUCCUGUCCGAUGCCCGUCUGGACGGUCGGUCGAGCUGCUGGUUCUCCCUUCGAGCUGAACGCUGAGAUCCGUUAUCCCCUGGAGGUCAUCAGUUACCGGCCGGGCUUCUGGGAGACCAUCAAGUUCGCCUGGAUCCAGUACGUCAGCGUCCUGCUCGUCUUCCUCUGGGUGUUCCAGCGCAUCCAGAGGUUCGUCUUCCAGAACCAGGUUCUAACAACAGUGCCGGUACCGGUGGGGAAGCCUCACCUGUCCUGAUGCACAGGUGUCCUCUGACGGAGCUCCACCCGUUCUGCUGCUGUUCCUUCUGGUUUCUACUGAUGCACACGGUUUGUGUGUUUGUGUUGUUUGUGACUGAAGUGUUGUUGUUGUUGUUGUGUACAUGGCUGCAGGCUCAUCAACAAUAAACACUUGAAACAUCUUCUCAUCA